AUGGCUCCUGUGGUCACUCUACCUUUCUUUGGCUCUUUGGACAGGAUUCGCUUUGAUGUGGCUCUUCUUCCCCUCUCCCAUGCCCGAGGACGACUACGUCACCCUCCCCUCCAGACAGAUCAACCAACACAAGGAACUGAUCCAACCGCCCGCUUCUUCCCUCCCACCUCCCCCUCCUCCUCCAGCGCCAGCAGUAGUACACCAAGAGACCACCACCACCCCCCGGCCAACUUCGCCCUCACCUUCCGCAUCGACUCCACCCGCCAAUACCUCAUCAUCAACGACCAGCAGCCCAUCUCCAUCCGCAACACCGACCCCAGCCGCCGCUUCUCCUCGCCCAUCUCCAUCGCCGACGUCCCCGUCGGCGACCCCGCGCCGGCGCCGCCCUCAGCAGCACCGGCCCGUUCUGCAAUAUUGACGUCGUUCCUCCGGACCUUCCCCUUCCCGCCCUGGUUCCUCCCCGCCGACGCCACCCUCCUCGCGUGGUCGCUCCGGCCCGCAUCCGCAACAGCCGGAACCACGACCGCGACCAUCAAGCUCCGCGCGUCCUGGAGCGCCGCCACGGACCCCGACGGCUUCGGCGGGCCGAUGGAGAUUUGGCCGGAUGGUGAGAGUUGGUACGGUACUGGCGGUACUGGUAAUGGUGGUGAAGCCGUCGUCAAUGGCGUCAAUGAUGAUCAUCAUGUUGAUGGAUCAGGAGGAGGAGCAGGUGGAUCAGGAUCAGGAGCAGCAAGUGCGGGUCCGCCCCGCGGCGUGCGCCCCCUGCUCACGGUGACGCUGGUGCGCAGCCAGAUCCCCGGCAACGACCUCAUCGUGGGCGCGCCGCCGCUGAGCGUCAGUCCGUCGGCGACGCUGGCGGCGAGGCGGGCGGCGCUGCCGUGGGUGUUUCCGGCGUGGGUGGUGGGGGCGAGGGUUGUGGGGUGGUGGUGCGGUGGGCGAGGUGGAGGUGCAGGUGGUAGUGGAGGAGGAGGAGUGGGUUUGGCGGCGGCGAUGGUCGUCGUGGCUGUCGUGGUGGUGGUGCUUUGGUCGGCUCGACGACGGGCGUUGAUCGCGGAUCAAGGGGUCGGGAAAGCGGGUGGUGGUGCGGGCAGGAGGGAUUGGCGCGGGAGGAGCGGGGAGGGCAGGAUGCGGAGCAAAAAUCAGUCGGUGGAUCUGUCGGCAAAUGGGGGUGGGGGAUGGCUAGGGGAGGAGCGGAGUGGGUGGUGA